UUGUCGAGAAUUUAAAUAAAUUUCUUAAUCAAAUAAAAAAGGGUUAGGUUAGAAUAGAUGAAAGAGAGAGGGGAGAAAUUCCCAUGUGAUAGCGCAAGUUCUAGCACAUUUCAUUCUGCUGGCGAGACAACGUGUGGUCACGCUGCGACGAUUUUCAAUUACUUUUGUGACUAUAAUAUUUUAACCAAUAGUUUUUCCUUCUUUCAUUAGAUAAAGAUGCAUAGAUUACCAACUAUCUUGCGUGGUACAGCUUUGCGCCAAUUACAAGCACGUUCAUAUGCUAAAGAUGUACGUUUUGGAUCAGAAGUUAGAGCCCUUAUGUUACAAGGUGUAGAUAUAUUAGCAGAUGCUGUUGCGGUAACAAUGGGUCCAAAGGGGCGUAAUGUUAUUUUAGAACAAAGUUGGGGAAGUCCAAAAAUUACAAAAGAUGGUGUUACAGUAGCUAAGGGUGUUGAAUUAAAAGAUAAAUUUCAGAAUAUUGGAGCAAAAUUGGUGCAAGAUGUAGCAAAUAAUACAAACGAAGAGGCAGGUGAUGGUACAACAACUGCUACAGUUUUAGCAAGAGCCAUUGCUAAAGAUGGUUUUGAAAAAAUUAGUAAAGGUGCUAAUCCUGUAGAAAUAAGAAGAGGUGUUAUGCUGGCAGUUGAUAAAGUUAAAGAUGAACUGAAAGCUUUGAGUAAACCAGUUACAACACCAGAAGAAAUUGCUCAGGUAGCAACUAUUUCGGCCAAUGGUGAUAAAGCCAUUGGCAGUCUUAUUUCUGAUGCUAUGAAGAGAGUGGGAAAAGAAGGGGUGAUCACUGUGAAAGAUGGCAAAACACUGUAUGAUGAGCUGGAAGUAAUAGAAGGAAUGAAAUUUGACAGGGGCUACAUAUCUCCCUACUUCAUAAAUUCCAGUAAAGGAGCAAAAGUUGAAUUUCAAGAUGCACUAUUGCUUUUUAGCGAAAAAAAGAUAUCGUCUGUACAAUCUAUUAUCCCUGCAUUAGAAUUAGCAAACUCGCAAAGGAAACCACUUGUUAUUGUAGCAGAAGAUGUUGAUGGGGAAGCUUUAUCGACGCUUGUGGUAAAUAGAUUAAAAAUUGGUUUGCAAGUAGCUGCAGUUAAAGCCCCCGGCUUUGGAGAUAAUAGAAAGGCAACGCUUCAAGAUAUGGCAAUAUCGACAGGAGGAAUUGUAUUUGGUGAUGAUGCGAAUCUAGUUAAAUUAGAAAAUGUACAAUUAAGCGAUUUGGGCGAAGUGGGAGAAGUUGUAAUUACAAAAGAUGAUACGCUAUUUCUCAAAGGCAAGGGAAAAAAGAGUGAUAUUGACCAUAGGGCAGAUGUAAUUAGGGAUCAGAUUGCCAAUACAACUUCUGACUAUGAAAAAGAAAAGUUGCAAGAACGUUUAGCAAGAUUAGCAUCAGGUGUUGCAGUUUUAAGAGUGGGUGGCAGUAGCGAAGUAGAAGUUAACGAGAAGAAAGAUCGUGUUCAUGAUGCUCUUAAUGCAACUCGUGCUGCGGUUGAAGAAGGCAUCGUUCCUGGAGGUGGUACCGCGCUUUUAAGAUGUAUUCCGGCCCUUCAAAAUUUAAAAGCAUCAAAUAGCGAUCAAGAAACAGGUGUAAAGAUAGUGGCAAAUGCAUUACGUAUGCCGUGUUUGCAAAUUGCACAGAAUGCAGGUGUGGACGCUAGUGUAGUGGUAGCGAAAGUCACUGAAAGUAAUCUCGGUUACGAUGCAAUGAAUGAUGAAUAUGUUGAUAUGAUUGAAAAAGGUAUUAUUGAUCCAACAAAGGUAGUGCGUACGGCACUUACUGACGCCGCGGGCGUUGCCUCAUUGCUUACGACGGCAGAAGCAGUAGUGGCAGAGUUGCCCAAAGAAGAGCCUCAAAUGCCAAUGGGUGGUGGAGGUAUGGGUGGAAUGGGUGGUAUGGGUGGUAUGGGAGGCAUGGGCAUGUAAUUAAAACAAAUUUCGUACAAAGACUGAUUUUCGUACUGUAAUUAACGUUUGGUAACAUUAUAAUUCAAUCGUAAUAUUAACUACGCGUUAAAGAUUGCGGUUAGAAUUGAGAAAACACGAACUAUAAUGUACUGAUUGAAUAACCGAACAACAGAAUGCUUAGGAACAGUUGUACUUUAAAGCAGAGGAUGAAGACAUAGAGAAUAAGUUUUUGCCUAUGCGUUAUUUGUUCUAAAAUCAUUUGUGUUUUUUUUUUUUGUGUUUUUUGCAUUUCGAGCAUUAUCAUUUUAUCGGA